UUCCCUUACCAUUUGAAUUUAAUGAUUAGAUUUUCAACUCUGGUUUAGUUUUUAAUUUCCAUUUGAUUUUGUUUGUUUCUUUUUUUCUUUGUUUAAUUAGUUUUACGAUAAUUAGAUGAAGGUUGAUUAUGGUGGCAAUGAAAUUGAUUGAUAUCGACUCUCGAUCGUUUUGUGUUCAUCCCGCUGCUGAUUGUCUUCUCAGUGAAACUCAAUCUUCAGGAUCGGGUGGUUUUACUGUUGUAAGUGCUGUUGGAAUGCAAAGUGUUGGUAAAUCUUCAUUACUCAAUAAAAUUGCCCGAGGAAACAUUUUCAAGAAUCACCAAGAUCCUGGUAAUGUUGAUAGUCUAUUGAAACAUAUUACACGUGGUGUAGAUCUUCAUGUUACUAAGGAGAGACUUUUACUCUUGGAUUGUCAGCCUCUAAUGAGUGCUUCCAUUUUAGAUGAAUAUAUUAAAAAUGGUUCUGGUGUUUCCAAUUCUAUUCCUGAUUCAUCUGAACCGGAAACCAAUGUUUUUAUUACCUCAUUACAGUUACUUUGUUUCCUUUUGGCUGUUUCAGAUUAUGUUAUUGUUGUUAACGAUUGGUCGAUGGAUAUUCAUUUGAUUAAAUUGAUUGCCACUGCAAUGAUGAUGGUUGGAAAUGAUACCAAUCAAGCUGAGCUUAUUUUCCAGGUACCAAAGUUAAAAGAUGAAAGUGAAAAGAAAAGUUUACUCUCAUCACUUCAAACAUUCUUGGGUGGUGAAUGUUUCACUGUUAAGGAAAUUAUCGAUGAGAAUGAGACCACGACUACUUUAAUCAAAUUACUUUCACGACGAACAAUUAACGAUGAUGAAAGAGGAGCCAAUAAUCAUAAUUGUGAAAAAUCUUGGCUUGUUAACGCUCAAAGAUAUUGGGACAAUUCAAUCCGUAAAUCAACAAUCUUUUCAGAUUAUGCUAGACUUAUGCUCUAAAUUCAUUUGGUAAAAAGAAUCAAACAUGGACACUAAAAAGUUUAAUCGAAUAAUUAAUUAUCAAUGUCGUUUGAUUGGAAUCAGCUGACAGAUAUUGAGAUUCUGGUGGAAUUGCUGUUUACUAUUCUCGGAGAAAAUUUUUACAAAUAAAUUCUAAUGUUAAGGAGAAACACUGAGAAAAUUAGUCUCAAUAUCAAUGUUUUUUCCAAUUUCAAUAAUAGAGAUGAUCAUCCAACAUGUGACAUAAUUACAGGAAUGGACAUAAUUUAAUCGAUAUCAUGACAUAUUAAAGUUCAUAUCGGAUUGAUUUUUAUCCUCAAGGAAUAAAACAUUGGGACAAUAUUUAUAUGUAACUGUUGAUCUCACCAACAGUAAUAUUGUUGUUUCAUCAUCAUCAUCAGUUGAUUCAUCAGAAUUUUUCUUAACUCAUGAAAUAACAAUAUUAUUAUUAUUAUUUAGAAUACAAUGUAUCACCUCGUCAAAUGGUUCGUGUAUUCAGUUUGAGGAUCACGUCUUGGUUUUAGAUAAAUUCAGUUC